AAGAUCCCUUUUUCCGAUGUCAGGCUACCGCCAGUUUUAACUCUAAAGCAAUCGUUCAAGGUCGGUGAUGAAGUUGAGGCCCCACUUCGUGACAAAAUGUGGAAUACUAACCAGUGGGAGUGGGAUAAA